CUAUGUCAACUCACACAGAUGUUUCUCUUUCUUCAUAUGAUGAAGAUCAGGGAUGUAAACUUAUCCGAAAAGCUAGAGAGGCACCGUUUGUUCCCAUUGCAAUGGCCAGGUUUGCAGCAAUUGUUGCAUAUGGAUUAUAUAAAUUGAAGAGCAGGGGAAAUACUAAAAUGUCUGUUCACUUGAUCCACAUGCGUGUGGCAGCCCAACACUUUGUUGUGGGAGCAAUGACUCUUGAUAUGGGGCAUUCCAUGUAUAAGGAAUUCUGGGCAAAGCCUAAACCUUAGAGGAAGAGAAGCUGUCUCAGUUUUGUUGGUGGUAUUUGCUUUACUUAGGCAUCUCAUAUUGAGUUUAUAUGUUUAUGUUGAAAAUAAAUUAUUUGAAUGGGUCAGAUAAUAUGGUAGUUUAAGAAUUGGCUUCCUUUCUUACAGGCUUGAUUUGACUGGUUACCAAAUUACUAGUGACCAAUCAACUAGCUAGGUCAUUCAGGGGGGUCACAUUAGCACAAAAGAAGAAACAUGUCACUUUUAAAUGGACUGGACAGUGGAAAAUAUGCUCCUCCUUAAACUCUUAUGAUAAAAUCAGUUAUAAAGAGGACAUUGUGCCAGUCCUGAAGUACGCCUAGUUGCUGAUUUGAUUCUAGUAUCAAAACAUGCUUUUGAAA